CUACGGCUCAUUGAUGGAGAGCGGGCAGUUGCCUGAAGUUGGAGGGCCAAGUCAUGCCCUCUAGGCUGUGCUAGGGCUGCUGCCUUCCAGCUGGGCCAUCUUAUCUGGAGUGUCUAUGUGGCAGGCCUUCCAAAGCCCCAGUGGAGAAGGAGGCCCUAUAGACGGGAGGCUGACAGUGUGGGGUGGAGACCAUGCUCCCUUUGCGGGAGGACAGCCAGGAAGAGGGCGUCUGCCCCAUCUGCCAGGAACACCUGAAGGAGGCAGUGAGCACCGACUGCAAGCACCUCUUUUGUCGAGUGUGCCUGGCCCAGCACGUGGCGAAGGCCUCGGCCUCCGGAAUCCUCUGCUGUCCCCUCUGCCGGAAGCCCUGUUCCGAGGAGGUGCUGGGGGCAGGCUAUAUCUGCGACAGCCACCAGAAGAAGGUGUGCUGGUUCUGUGAGGAGAGCAGACUUCUUCUGUGUAUGGAAUGCCUGGUGUCCCCUGAACACAAGUCUCAUUGUGAGCUGGCCAUUGAAAAUGCCAUCAGCCACUACAAGGAACGACUCAACCGCAGGAGCAGGAAGCUCAGAAAGGACAUCGGGGAACUUCAGCGGCUCAGGGCUCAGGAGUCAGAGAAACUGCACGCUGUGCAGUUUCAGGUAGACUGUGGGACUGACAGGCUGGAGGCUGAGCUGGGGAGCCAGCACCAAACUAAGAGACAGCUGGAUACCCUCCCUCAGCAGUGGCCAGACCACCUGGAGGACAUGCCAGCAGAGGUGUCCAGAAUCUUUGACAUCUCCACGGCAAUAACCCAGCUCAGCAACCUGGUCACUGAUCUGGAGAGGACAGCUAAGGAACUGAACGCCAACACACUGAAGAAUGCCAGUGACUUAUUGGACAGGAGUGCUCCACAGAAAUUAGAGGCUAUUUAUCCUGAGUUAGAGAAAAGAAUCAGCGAAUCACUUCUUCAGUCAUCCUCAGCAGUGCCGACCUGUUCAUCCCUGGACGACGUCGUCUCAGACUCAUCUCAGCCUCCUCACUCUCCUUCCUCCAACCUGUCUGGCCUCCCAUUAGGUCUACCUAGUGCACCUUCACACCUUAUGACCUCCUUUCCUCAUCCCCACAGACAUGACCUGGCGCCUGACCCUCUGACACUUGGACGAUAG